GUCCUCGACAGUUUUUUAAUACACGAUGAACGAGAGAAUCCACCUCCAUAAAAACCACUCAAAACGAUAAGCAAAACUCACUCCCCAACAAAAUCUUUUUCUAUAAUAAUCAGAUCAUUAUAGAAAAACCAUUCAAAGUGUUUACUUCACUUUAUUAUUACAAUAAAUAAAUUAAAUUAAUAAUCAGAAUCAUGGUUAAAUUAUUUUUAUUUGGUGUUCUUUUUAUCGCAACGAUUGCUCUUUCUUCUCAGGAACCCCUUAAAGUCUCCGUUUUCUAUGAAUCACUUUGCCCGGAUAGUAUUCGUUUCAUCACUCAACAGCUGGCACCAAAUUACGAUGCUUUAGCCGAGAAAAUAUUUGUUGAUUUUGUUCCUUAUGGUAAAGCUACUCAUGAAUUAAUUGAUGAUAAAUGGCACUUUGAAUGCCAACAUGGUGAAAAUGAAUGUUAUGGAAACAUGAUGCAAGCGUGUGGAUUAAAUGAAACCGAUGAUCAAGCCACGCAAGUUAAAUUUAUCGAUUGCGUUAUGUCCGCAAGUUACCCCGCGAGCGAUGCUUCCAUGGAGGAAUGUGCCAUUGCAAGCGGAAUUAGCUGGGAUAAUAUGGUGGAGUGUUCUAAGAAUGGUGUAGGGGCCAAACUUUUGGCUGCUUAUGGUGAUCGGACUCACGCCGUUGAACCAACGAUCACUUUCGUUCCAACUAUUAUUUAUAAUGACGUUUAUGAUGCCGAUAAACAACAAGGGUCUUUAGUUGAUUUCUUGAAUACCGUUUUAAAUCAAUUAUAACUAAAAUAAGAAAGAGCAAACACUUUUAGUGCCAUAUGUGAGAUAUUAAUAAAACUUUAAUAUUGAAUUUUGAAAUUAAAAAAUA